AUGGCAGACGCAAUGGAUUUUGAUGAUCUUCUUAAUGCUGCUGAGCUUUUAGCUGCAGACACCGAUGGAAGCGGCGAUUUACCCAAAUGGAAUCGAACCAUCCACCAACUUGCAGAAGCCGCGGAAGAAAUGUGGACCAGACUUGGUUCAAAAGCAAGCGGCCAAGAAAAUCAAGCAAACGUUCUUCUUGCUCCCAAAGGAAUAGAUAUUCCUCAAAUGACAGAAAAAUUACAGUCAUUAAGUACAAGGAAAACAUUCCAGCCAUUAGAACCCAUCGCUGACAUAGAUGUUAAGUCAUUUUUAAAAAAUGAAUAUGAAAAUGGUAUAUUAUCAGUAAUAGCAUUAAAUCAGAAACAGAGUGCUCAAAAUAUUAGAAAAACCACUUGGAGUCAUACGAAAAAAGUUUGGCAAACGGAAAAAAAUAAAAUAGCAAAUGCAAUGCUAGAGUCGAAAACAGCAUAUUUAGACUUUGCAGUGCCUCCAGAAGAAAGUUAUGCUCAGGAAAUCCCCUCUGCUAAGAGUAUGCUAUCAAAUGAAGAAAUGGCUUAUGCUAAAGAAGUUUCAGAGUAUAACAAAAUUAUAAUGACUGGUUUGGUGCAUCCUAAUUUAAUAAACAAUUUUUAUAGUAUCAGUAAAGGAUUUAAUGAUAAAAAAGUCAUUGAAUUGUGGGAAAUGGUUAAAUAUAUGGCAGAUGUACCUCCAAGACCAGUAGGAGAUAUAAUCGAAGCGAGAACUUCACAGGCAGUACAAAAUGUUCUUAUAUCUCAAGCAAAAAAAUACUUGGAAGACAGAUAUCGUGCCUUUAUGACAAAUGUAGUCAAUAGUAAUCUUAAAAAAGCCAUGAGAGGAGGUGUUCCUGGAACAUAUCCUUUAGUAAGAAGUUUUGUAGCGAUUCGAGUAGCUCCGGGUUUACCGCUCGAAGAUGGUUGUAUUGAUGGCCAACCCGUAUGGCCUUUAAUAUAUUACUGUAUACGUUGCGGAGACGUAAAUGCAGCUCUUCACGUGGCCCGACAAGCAGAAUCUUCCCUUGCUGAAUUUAGUCAGAUUUUGGAAAAAAUGACUGCCGGAAAGCUUAGUUCGAAAAUGGAGCAAAUGGUAAAAGCACAGUACAGAAGGUACAUCAAAAACACAUCUGAUCCUUUCAAAAAAGCCGUGUAUUGCGUCGUGGGAUCGUGCGACGUGAAUGACGAACACAAAGAAGUUGCUCAAACGGCUGAUGAUUAUUUAUGGUUUAAAUUGUGUCAAAUUAACGACGAAGACAAUGCCGAAACCAAAGGAGAAAGAAUGACUUAUUCUCAUUUGCAAAGCAUAAUACUUGAACAAUACGGUGAAAGUCAUUAUAAAGCUUACGAGCAACCUCAUAUUUACUUUGAAAUGUUAAUAUUAACGGGACAAUUUGAAGCUGCCAUCGAAUUUUUGUACAGAGUUGGAAAAUACAAAGUUCACGCUGUUCACAUUGCAAUAGCCUUACACGAAUUGGGAUUGUUGGCCGAUCCUCCCAGUAUUUGGGCGGCUCUAAUGAGCGUAAAAGAAGAAGAUAAACCACCGGCGAGGAGAUUGAAUUUCGCGAGAUUAAUUACACUCUACGUACAAUCUUUUCAAAUAUCAGAUCCGAAAGAAGCGAUUCAUUAUUUUUAUUUUCUUAGAAAUAUGCAAAAUCAUUUAGGAGAAAACAUGUUUACAUUGUGCGUGUCUGAUUUGGUACAGGAAAGUCGAGAUUUUGAUUUGAUACUGGGACGACUCGAAGCAGACGGAUGCAGAACUCCCGGUUUGAUAGAUAUGUUUAAGGGACUCAAUCAAUCUUCUGCUGAUAUUGUUCGUUACGUCGCGUCAGAAUGCGAAAGAAAAGGAAAUUUAGAAGAUGCCGUCAAUUUAUACGAUUUAGCCAGCGAUCACGAAAAAGUACUUAGUAUAAUGAACAUAUUAAUGACUCAAGUUUUAACGCAAUCAAACAAACCGGGUUCUCUCAGAUCUCGAAUGCAAAUAUUAGCUCACAUGAUUUCAACAAGAUACAGCGGUAUAGAUUACAUGUGUUCGGCCGAAACAGCUUCCGUAUUUUUCCUCCUGAGGGAUUUGAUGACUUUUUUCGAUCAAUAUCACGCGGAAGACUACGUGGAAGCAUUAAACACAAUUACAAAAUCGAAACUUUUGCCAAUGUCGAGGGAAGAAGUGCCGGAAAGAGUUUUAAAUUUUAAAAAACUCAACGAUCAAAUCAAACGACAUUUCGCCGACAUUAUGUUGGUGACGAUGAACAUAUUACAAAUACAAUAUAAUAAAGCGAGAGGCGGUGAAAGAUCGUCACCGGGCGGAAGUAGAUUCGAUGAAACAUCAAGAGAAAGGCAACAAAUGCUUGCUUACAUUAGAGAUAAAGCUUCGGCCAUAACAAACUUUGCAGGAUCGAUUCCUUACAGAAUGAAAGGAGACACAAACAGUCGUUUGGUUCAAAUGGAAAUUUUGAUGCAUUAA